AUGGCUCGAUGUUGUUCACAUGUUCAUAGUCAUUGCUGUACAGAAGCAAUUGAUUUUAAUAAGCUUCUCUUGUGUAAAGAUAUGACAUUGGAUACAAAAAUCGAUGUCACACGAUGUAUUCAAAAAGUAAUGUACGAUAAAUAUGAAGGAAAUCACGAUAAUUCAACAGAUGUGAUCUGUUGCGAUGUAUUUGCCAGUGAUAACAACGAUGAAAAGGGACGUUGUCUUUCAGAAUGCAUGGCAGUAAUGCAAUUAAUUGACUUCAGUAUUGACGAAAAGUUGGAAAAAAUCGAGAAAUGUCGAAAGAAAAAUCCAUUAUUCAAAUGCUUCAAACGAUGCAUGAAGUUGUUGUGGAGUGACGAAAAGUCGGAAAGCAUAAAUUAUGCACAGGAAUGCUCUGUGAAAUGGAAAAUGCUGCCCGGAAAAAUAUAUAUUGGCCAAGAAAUUAAGUGA